UUUAUUUUAAUAAAAUCUUUUAUAUUUUGUUUAUAUAUAGAUAAAUCUUUACAUUUUUAAGGUAAACUGUAUAAAAACAUAACUUUAUCAACAUUCUUCACAAAAAUCUUUAUAUUUUGUUGGGAAAACUACAAUAAAGUCACUAUGUAUUGCCCGUAUAAUCGAUUUAGCCCUUAUAUAUUUUUUUUUGCAAUUUAGUCCUAAAUACCUGUAAACGUAAUCAAAACGGGAUAUUUAAUAGGUUAGCCGGUAUCUAACUGAUGUGGCAGCUUACGUGGAAGUCAUCAUGUUAAAUAACAUCCUACGUGCCAUUUAAGAGGGCUAAAUCAUUGAAUCGAGCUCGUCUUCUUCAUUCUCCAGUCAAAGGAGCGAACGAUUAGGGCAAAUUGGCAACAGGAAAUCGAUGUCGAGUUCAUCAAGCACCAACAUCAGAACGUGCUAUUGUGGAGAUAGGGUUGGAAUGUGGACAUCAUGGACUCGAAAGAAUCCAGGUCGGAGGUUUUUUGGUUGCCCAAAUUACAUGGAUGAAGAGAAGGACUGUGGGUAUUUUCGUUGGAUUGACCCACCACUAUUGAAUAAGUGGUAUAAAGAAAGAAUGUAUGAGUUAGGAGCUAUUGCUAAUGGGGGUGUAGCUAUUCCUUUUAAUAACCCUGUUAAUGAAGGUGAAAUACCUGUUGAUGGCCCUAUUGCCCCUGUGAAUGUUGAUGUCCCUAUUGCCCCUGCGAAUGCUCUUGAACCUGAUAAUCAAAUUGCAAUGUGUGACAAUACACAUGUGCCUAGUAAUGAAUUUGGAUUCUGCAAGUGGAUGAUGGUUUGUUUUGUUUGUUUCAUUGUAGGGAUGAUGUAUGCUUAGUUUAGUGUAAGUUGUAGGGUAUUAUGGUAUGGUAGGGAUGAUGUAAUCUUUUGGUUUGUUAUCAUGAUGUAAUAGAUAAAUGUUCUUGUGGAUCAUGUAAUGUUUUGGUUAAUGAAAUGGCAAUAUGUUA